CCGGCUCUCCACGAUGGCAGCUCGACUUUCCUCUGCUCAGGACUAUGAGUCUCUGGUCGACCAAUAUGACACCUGGAUGUUCGACUGCGAUGGUGUCCUCUGGCAAGGCUCCAACCCUGUCGAUGGCGCGAUGGAUGUCCUUCAGAUCCUCAGACAUCGCGGAAAACGCGUCAUAUUCGUCACGAACAACGCCAGUCAGUCGCGUAAGAGCUAUAAGAAGAAGUUCGACAAGCUCGGAUUGGAGGUCCAUGUAGAUGAGAUCUACGGCUCCGCGUAUGCUUCUGCCGUGUACAUAUCAACGGUCAUGAAGCUUCCGAAGGACAAAAAGGUCUUUGUCAUCGGCAUGUCCGGAAUCGAGGAAGAGCUCACGGAAGAGGGUGUAUCGUACAUUGGAGGCACCGACCCCGCAGAUAAUACUCUUGAGCCCUUCUCGCUCUCCAACUUUACGCUAGACACCUCUGUGGGCGCCGUCCUCUGCGGCCUUGAUACGUCGAUCAACUACACAAAGCUCUCCAAAGCAUACCAGUACCUCACACGGAACCCCGUGUGCGAGUUCCUGGCGACCAACACUGAUAGCACGUAUCCUGCCGCUGGCGGCACGCUCAUCGGCGCGGGAUCCAUCAGUGCACCGCUCGCUUUUGCUGUGGGCAAGGAGCCAUUAUGCAUUGGCAAGCCAGCGAAGACGAUGCUGGAUUGCAUCCAGGCAAAGGUACACUUCGAUCCCAAGAAGACGAUCAUGGUUGGCGACCGCUUGAACACCGACAUCCUUUUUGGCCAGCAAGGAGGCCUCGCGACGUUGCUGGUGCUGACAGGCAUAACCAAGGAGAUUGAGAUUACAGGACCCAGCCCGUCGCCCAUAGUCCCUGACUACGUGACAGCCUCAAUCGGGGACCUGCGGGCUGUUGGCAAGCAGUAAAUUUAGAUAUAUUGAUUCUCUUCGGGUGUAUCAGUUAGACGUGUGGAAUACCUAG